CCAAGGCAUUGCCUCUACAUUCUUCUUUCUGGGGAGUAAUUGGGUAUCUAUGGCGGCGAAGACAGCGGGCGAACCCAUGAGUGGGAAGCUGGAGGCAGAGGUGGAGCUCCAUUGCUCGCCGGCAAAGUUCUACGACGUGUUCAGGAACACAGCUCACCACAUGCCAAACCACUCCCCGACUCAUAUUCAGGCGGUGCAAGUCCACGAGGGCGAUUGGGAUUGUCAUGACACCGUCAAAUUCUGGAUCUACACCUGCGAGGGGAAGCUGGAGGUGUUCAAGGAGAGAGUGGAGUACGACGAUGCCAAGAGAACGGUGAAGCUGAAUGGGCUGGAGGGGGAUGUGAUGAAGCUGUACAAAGUGUACAACGUAAUCUAUGAAUUUGUAGCUAAGGAGGACGACAAUGGCGAGGGGAAGCAGCAGGGGGUGGCCAAACUGACGAUUGAAUACGAGAAGCUGAAACCAGAUGUGCCGCUU